AUGGAGAGACCUCGCCAGCGCCGAAGACCAGCAUUCUCGUGCCUGGAAUGCAGGCGGCGAAAGAUCAAGUGCGAUCGGAAAAAUCCGUGCUCGCAUUGCGUCUCCGUCGCGAUCCAGUGCGUGCACAAGGUCUUUCGGGAUGCGCCCGAGACCUCCGUCCAAAGCAGUACACAGGGCCGAACAACAGUCUCCUCACCAGUCAGUACCCCAUCCUCUCGUGCCCAGAGCGGACAAUCUCGCACCGAUGCAACCGCAAACGAAACGGGCAGCGUGGCAUCUAGGCCUCUCAUCGCUAGAGCCGAUAUAUCACCGUCCACACCAGCACCAACACUCGCGGGCCAACCUGAAGUCGCCACCAGUCAGAUAGUAUCAACAACCCGUGAUGAAGAUGAGCAACCAAGUGUACAUGCCCUUCUACGACGCAUACAGCAUCUCGAGAACUCUCUAGCAACGAGUGCUGUACCUGCGCACUCUGAGCCUGGAGGGGAAUUGACUGAUCGCCAACCGGUGCAUCAAGAUACACGUGUCAGCCUCUACAAGACAAGGAUCUCGAAAUGGAGUUACUGGGUGGGCAUGGUCGAUGAGUUUGACCUUAUCAAGGCUUGCUAUUCCGCGGCAGGCGGCGGCCUCCUUGCCAGCUACGGUGAAGCAGAUGACGAGGACAAGCUGAACUCCUUCCACAGGUCUGAGAUUGAACCUCUUCUUGAAGAGACUGGGGCUCUCACGAGGAAGUGUAAAGUGUUCGCAAAAAGUCUCAAGACCGGGCGACCAAGCAAGUCUCUCGGGGGAGCUGGCUUUGAUCUUCGCCCGCCCUCCCACGACCUGGCUGACACCAUGGUCGAUCUCUAUUGUACCUCUUUCGAGUCGGUGUAUCGGAUAAUCCAUAUACCCUCAUUCCGUCUUGAGUACCAGCAAUACUGGGAGAACCCAGAGAGUACUACGGCCAGUCAGUGUCUCAAAAUUCUCUUGGUAAUCAGCAUAGGCUCAAGCCUUCACGACCAUGGGAAGGAUCUACGGCCAAAAGUACAGCAGUGGGUUCACGCUUCUCAGGCAUGGCUUGCCGGCCCGCUGGAAAAGAAUCGCCUGGACGUUGGGGGGCUCCAAGUCUACUGCUUGGUGAUUCUUGCACGGCAGAUCUUCUCAAUUGGCGGCGACCUAGUUUGGGUGACGAUGGGGUCGGUAAUUCGUAUGGCCAUGCAAAUAGGGCUUCAUCACGAUCCCAAACACUUGCCAGACAUGUCGUUGCUACAGGCUGAAGUCCGAAGGCGGUUGUGGGCUACGGUGCUCGAGAUGGCAAUACAGUCGUCACUAGAUUCGGCGAUGCCGCCCAUCAUCUCCUUGGACCAGUUUGAUACCGAAGCACCUUCCAACUACAACGACGAUGAGCUUGAUGAUUCAACUAUCGAGCUGGCCCCCCAUCCUAGAAGCACCUACACUACUUCCUCAAUACAGCUUAUCCUUCUCGACUCGAUACCGACACGCCUACGCAUCAUACAGCUACUCGGCGGCCUUAAACCAGAACUAUCUUAUCAGGAUGUGCUUUCACUGAGUUCGGAGGUGACUGAAUCAUAUUGCGCCUACAGAAAAUUCGGCCAAAAGAACAGCAGCUCCGGUAUGACCCCAUUCCACAGGAAUCUGCUCGAUUACUUCGUACGCCGAUUCCUAAUCCCCCUACACUGUUUGUUUGCCAACAAGGCGCCAACGAACCCAUUGUUUUACUAUUCCCUCAAAGUCAAUCUGGACGUUGCCAUGGCCAUCGUCUGUCCUGAACCCGACGACGGCUUCUCACGAAUCAUGGCUACUGGAGGGGGGCUAUUCCGCGAGGGUUUCUGGUGGGCAACAUCCAUCAUCGGCCGCGAGAUCAUCUCUCAAGUCUCAGCGCAGCGUCGGGAGGGAACACUACAUCGCAAUUCCCCACACCGGGAGCUUCUCAAGCAAGCCGUAAGGGAUAUGAUCUCUCUGGCGGAGGCGAGGAUGCACGAAGGCGAUACCAAUGUAAAGCUUCACAUGUUUCUGAGUAUGAUAUUGGCACAAACCGAAGCUACGGAAGAAGGCGUAUCAUGCGAGCUCAGGAUUGCACAAGGAGCGAGGGGAAGCCUUCAGUUUUGUCAUGAUCUGCUGCAGGCACAAGCCGUUCCCGAGCCCGUGCCGUAUUAUGACGACGCGGGAGUCACGUCCUCGACAUUAUAUGGGGCGCCGGGAAACUCGCUUUGGGACUUUGACCUGGAAUUCUUUCUGCCUGAUCUGGGGCUUUCGUAG